AUGUGCGGACGUUCUUUAUUCGUCUUCUCUUUUGCUUUCUUCUUCCCGGUAUUAAAAUCAAAAGGACAAACGAGAGAUUGUGUUUUUCUCCUGCUAUUCACUGACUAUCAAUUGAUCAAACAUGAUCGCAUCAUAGACACAACUGUUGAUUUAUGGAUAAACUACACAAAAUAUCAUUACAAAAUGCUGUUUGUCGUUGCCGGCAGAAGACAGGAAGAGCAGGCAGCGAGCAGUCGAAGACGACUUCCAUCAACGGACGAUUCGGACAAGACAAGAAGUCAGUGGUAUAAAGAAAUGUACUGCCAAAUUCACAAACCACCGGAACACAGGAAAGAUGAUUUAGAUGUCAUUCUUGUGAAAUUACCUCUGACACAUUCUCGUUAUCGAGAUUAUCGUCAGCGACGAGACGGACCAGCAAAUCCGUAUAAACCAACAUAUACGUUUCCGGAUGAAUACGAUGGUGAUUUAGAACGUAUGGAAGAUUAUAUUCGCAAAUCAGCUGUGCCAAAGCUCAACAACGGCUCGAGAAAUUUCUCCUCGUCACCUGUACGAACGCCAACGGCAACGGUUAAUGAUUAUCCAGCAAAUGGAAAACGAAAUCCAGAGAAGAUAACGCGUUUCAGUGAUCAAUUAACUACUUCAAAUACUUCUCCAACGAUCGAACGAGCCAAACCUAUAAAUGUUACGAUAGCAUCGCCCGUAACGGUCAAUUCACGAUCAAACACAACUCAUGCAACUCAACCACCACCGCUAUCUUCUUCGUCAACAGAUGAUGAACAAAAAUCCAUUUACAAACGCGUGCUUCGCGGUGGAGAUAUACCACCAGUGGGUCUACAGAAACGACUUCCUAAGAAUCGAGGUAAGCAUAUGGUUGUUGUUUUUUAUCGUAAUGUGAAUAAGAAUCUCGGCACCAGCUGUAAUUGA